AUGCCUUUAAAAUGUUGUGUUCCAAACUGUUCCUCAAAUUAUAAGUCUUCAGCUUGUAAUGUAUCUGUGUAUAAAUUCCCUCAUGAAGUAUGUGAAAAAACUAAAUGGUUUAUGAGCAUCGCUCGUUUAAAUUGGACCGUAACAAAAUACACCGUUGUUUGUAAAUUGCAUUGGCCAUAUGAUGCAGAGUUUAAAUUAUGUCGUGGUAAAUUGAGACCGAUUUGUCCUCCAUCAGUGUUUCCAAAUAUAUCUAAAAGUUGUCUAUCCUCUCCACCACCUAAAACGAGAAAGACUUUAUCUUCUUCUUCAAAAAGAGGUAUCAGAAAAGAGGAAUUAGAAGAACAUAAAAUAAUUGAUAAUUUAAAUUUUGAAGAAAUCGAAAAACUUAUAAUGAUUUGA